AGUUAAAAUUUUCAAAAGCCCUAGGUUUCUUACUAUGAUGAAAGAAGAAGAAAAGCCCCCCAAAAAACGAAGAUCAAAACCAUCAUCAAUGGCAGCAGCGGAAACAAGUACCAGUAGAAUCCAAACCAUCAUUGAUCUUGAAAACCCUAAUUUCUCAUUCACACCCAUUUCAAAAAGAGGCAAUAAUAAAGAAGAAGCAAUCUCGGUAGAAAAUUAUACACAAUUUAGGUCAUCUUUUGGGGGUUUCAUUGAUCUAGUAGAUGAUGAUGAGAUUAUGGAAAUUGAAUCGUUCAGAUCGAUUAAUCCUAAGAAAGAAAGGAAACCCAUGAUUGGUGUUAGUGUAAUUGAGAUUGGUGAAUCGAGUUCUUCAACUGAAAUUGGUUCUGGUUCUGGUUCUGGGUCUGGGAUGAAGAAGAAGAAUGAGAGGAAUGAUUUUGUCUGUGAGAUUUGUGUUGAGACGAAGAUGAUGAAUGAGGCUUUUCAGGUUAAAGGGUGUCGACAUUCUUUCUGUUCUGAAUGUAUGGUCAGGUAUGUGGCAUCGAAGAUUCAAGAGAACGUAACAUCAAUUGGGUGCCCAGAAAUGAAUUGUCAAGGAGUGUUAGAGCCCGAGUUUUGCCAGUCAAUUUUACCACCAGAAGUAUUUGAUCGUUGGGGUAAAGCUUUAUGUGAAGCAUUAAUUCUCGGGGUCCGGAAAUUUUACUGCCCAUUUAAGGAUUGUUCAGCUCCCUUACUUGAUGAAGGUGUUGGAGGAAUAUUACAAUCAGAGUGUCCACAUUGCAGAAGACUCUUUUGUGCUCAGUGUAAAGUGCCAUGGCAUGCAGGGAUUCUAUGCGCAGACUUUCAAAAGUUGAAUGUUGACGAGAGAGGAAGAGAAGAUAUUAUGUUAAUGGAAGCUGCGAAGAAAAACAAAUGGCAGAGAUGUCCUAAGUGCAAGUUUUAUGUUGAAAGAUCUUCUGGUUGCUUGUUCAUCAAAUGCAGGUGUGGACAUGCAUUCUGUUACAACUGUGGAGCUCCAUUGAAAGAUCAUUAUUGUACGGUUUGCAAGAGGACCUAUUGAUCUGAAAGUUAUGAGCUCUUGCGACAAAGCUGUUACUAUGGUAAUCAUGGUUUAAGCUGGUGCAGUUGUCUUUUGUAGAGAAGAGAAGUAGAUGUUGAAGUGGCUGGAGCUUUUUCAGCUUGGUAUGUAGAUUUUGUAUAAAUUACUGUGCUGACAGAUUUCAUAUUCAUCAGAGAUUUGGAGAAUCCUCUGUUUCUUCACAAACUAGAAUAUAUGAUGAUGAAGUUGCUUUUUGUUUUCGUA